AUGAGCACAAGCUCUCUCCGUUCGGAAGGUCUCCAUGCGAAGCUCCAGCGAUUGCAAGAAUAUUCAGCCUGCGAUGUCUCGGAUGCUCUCCUCAAGCUCCAGAAAACAAAGUCCGGAGAGGUUUCCCGGGCCGGAUAUCUCGCGGACAUCGGGCCUAUUGCAACACCACCGACGUCUGCCGAAACAGUGCGGAAAGUCAUUGCUCCUGCAAGUACCUUGAAACUGGUGUCGAAACAUUCUCCACCUGAAGAAGCACCGCCAGCCGAGCACAGCGUGCCAAAGGGGAGUCAUUGGGUUGACUUAACUGAGUCUGGCACGAUCCUUGUGAUCGACCAGCCUUCGGGCCAAAAGUGUGCUGCUGUAGGAGGCAUCAUGGCCCAGCGGAUGAAAAUCAGAGGCCUUGCUGGCUGUGUGGUCGGUGGCCGCGUGCGAGAUAUGGCAGAGCUCAGAAAAUCUGAGCUGCCGAUCUUUGCUCUGGGCAAAUCCACUGUGGGCACGAAUGCAGAAUCGACGGUGUAUGCUCGCAAUGUGCCGGUCUCCAUCACCGGCGUGACUGUGUCACCUGGCGACAUUGUGUUCUGCGACUCGCAGGAGGGUGUGGUGAUCAUUCCACAAGAGUUGCUGGACGAGGCUUUGUCGUUGAUGCCAAAGCUCGUCGCAGCAGACGACAAGGUGAAAGAUGCUGUCUCCAGGGGCACGACUGUCGCAGCUGCGUUCAAAGCAUUUCGAGGAUAG